AUGCAAACCGAAAAUGACAACUGGAUACUAUCGUUCGUAAGGAUCUAUUUACCUCGUAUUCCCGAUGAAGUCUUAAUCCAAAUAUUCAACUUACUACCAUUUGGUUAUUUACGUAAUUUUUUCCUAUAUUUUCCUGAUGAUAAUAUUCGAAAUUUAAUUAUUCACUAUUACUCCCAGCAAGUCCAUUUCGUUUGGUCCAAGGCCCAUUUCUUUUUGUCAACGAUCAAUUUCCGCUUUGGCAAAAUUUUCAAUCGUCGUACCUAUGAAGGGUCCAAUUUUCAAAACAAGGAAGUAUUUCGAUUUAUGGACGAAUUUCCUGAAAUCGUACCCAGGCGAUUAUUUGUAGCUAGUGAAGACGUGCAGUAUAAUCCAGUAAAUGAAGUGUUGAAGAAGUUUCACAAUCGAAUCUAUAAUAUUGAUGAAAUAGGAAUUUAUUUUCUGAAAUGUCCAAUUACCAUUGAAGAUGUUGAUUAUGUAUUAUCAUUACAGAAUUUAACGGAGUUAUACUUUUGUGGUUUGGUUUUGACUCCAAUAUUCACAAGACUAAUUGAUAAUCUAAACUUGAUAAAUCAUCCCAAACUUAGAAAGAUCGUUAUUUCUCAUGCUGAAGAUAAUGAUUGGUCAAGGAUUAAAUUACCUGAAACAUUGAAAAGUCUAUCCUUUGGAAACUUCCUCAAUGGUACGAAUACUUCGAUAGUAAGCUUUCCUAUAACAAUCCAGCAGCUUAGUAUCAACAGGCUUGAUAUUAGAGAUUUGUCACACCUAAAACAUAGGAUUUCCGGAUGCUUAACAGAUCUUCAAUUAAAUUUAAAUAGAUUGGAAAGGGUAUUAAUCGACGAUUUACCACCUCGUUUACGUGUAUUAGAUUUAUCCUUCAAUUCUUCAGUUAAAAGCAUCACCUGCGAUGAUCCGGAGGCAACAUGGCCAGUUACACUAGAGAAAUUAAUAUUAAGUUGUAGUGGGUUAGAUGAUAAUGUGUUGGAAAUGAUCAAUGACAAUAUCGGAUGGCCGCUGAACUUGAUCAAGUUGGAUCUCAGCUUGAAUAAAUUCACAAACAUUAACAAUUUAUCCAAUCUACCAUUUGGUUUACAAUGGCUAAACUUAUCAAACAAUAGGCACAUACGAGUAACAGAAAAUUUCCAAUUUUCUAGCCAAUUGAAAUUUUUAGAAAUGUCUGGAUGUGUAAUUGAUGAUAUACAAUAUCUAGAAUUUCCAUCAUCACUUGAGCAAUUGAAUUUACCCGGCAACCAAAUCCGCAAUAUAUUAUCAUAUCGAGAUUGGGGUAAACUUGAUAAGCUACACACCUUUGGUCUUUGGUCAAACCGCAUAACCAGUUUGAAUAAGUGGUUCAUUCCCCCCAAUCUUAAUAAAUUAGAUCUACGGGGAAACAGGAUAUCCACUUUAUCAAAAGGAUUUCCCUUGUUUAACAAGCACUAUGAUUUUAACAUCGUUGACUUAAACUUAGGUCAAUGUAAAAUAAAAAAAAUACAAAUAGAUUAUAUUCCAACUAGUUUAACGAAAGUAAAUCUUUCGAGGAAUAAAUUAUCGCUGACAUUUUUGUUUCCAUCAGCAUUCAAAAGGUUGCUUCAUUUGGAUUUGUCGAACAACUUCUUGACAUCGAUUGUAUUUGAAAAUGACAAUUGUAAAAGCUGUUUGUCGCAUUUGAAUCUUGAGAAUAAUCCAAUCCUUACAGGUCAAAAGAGUCCUGAGCAUUUCCAAGAAUUCUACGAUUAUUUGGAAUCAAAUUUGGGAAAAGUUACCGAGAGAGCGUCUAACUAUAUCAUUAAUUUUAAACGUGAUUAG